AAAAUUAUAAAUAUUUUUUUCCAACAAAUUAAAUAGAAUUCUCUUAAUUCAUAAACAACGCUCAUGACAUUAAUCAGUGAUAACUGCAAUGGAACGAAAUGAACGUACACCCUGAACUAGUGCUGCGUUCUUUUGACAAGUGAGUCAUUCAGUCGAACUAAUUCCCUGAGCACUGCACAACUCUACAAACAAAGGACGCAAAGGACGCACCAAAAUACGCAUACACAACAAAACGCGAAAUGCCACGGAAUGGCGGCAUCGAAGCCGGCAAUAACGGUGGCAUGGGCUCCACAUCCACAGCGACUAGCGAUGGCUGCAUGUAUCCGGACGAUGUCAUAUUGGAAAAGGGCGUAACAUUCAAUGUUCGUUACACGGGCUGCGUUGAGGUCAAGACCUCAAUGAAAUCACUGGACUUUGAGACUCGCACACAGCUGGCACGCGAAUGCAUCAAUCGUGUGUGCGAAGCAGCAGGCUUAAAAUCGGCCAGUAAACGGCGAUUGGACAAGAAGUUAUACAACUUUAUAUCGGAUCGACCGAGCAUGCAACAUGCUGGCACCAACAUCAUCAUCAAUGUGUCGAGUCGAGCGCUCACGCUGAGCAAUGUGGACACUGGCGAAGUGAUUGCCAAUCACAAUAUGCCGCGCAUUUCCUUUGCUUCCGGUGGCGACAAUGAUACCCUCGAUUUCCUGGCCUACAUUGCGAAGAGGGAGGGCGACGAGUGGCGGGCAUGUUAUGUGCUGGAAUGCGCUGGCGGCCAGAGCGAAGACUUAAUUGUGACCAUUGGCAAAGCGUUUGUGCUGCGCUUCAAUGCAUUGAACAAAUUGAACAACGAUCAACAUCAUCAUCAGCAUCAUCAAGCGUCAUCAGCGAAUAACGCGCUUGUCGAUGGCAUGAUGAGUCAGAGCUGCAAGGAGAAUGUGAAAGAGUAUUACAAUGAUUUGCCCAACAAGCUGCCACCGGAUUUGCCAUGCGAGGAGCAACAACAGCAGCAGCAACAGCAAAUGCCACUGCAUCCGCAUGCACCGCGUGUGGCACAAUUGAAUUUAAAGAAACCGCGCGAUCGCUUGAGCAGCAAUCUCAUCGAUCUUAACUCCCCGCCACCCGAUCAAACCACCAAUAAACUAGCACUGGGCAACUUUGAUCCAUUGCACGCAGCUACAACAGCAGCAGCAGCUGCCACAACUGCCGCUGCCCUUGCAACAGCAUCCACAGUACGCGACGUCUUCGAUGGCGCCCAGUGUCCGCUGACAGCCGAGGUUUGGUUUCAUGCGGCCAUCUCGCGACCCAUUGCCGAGCGCAUGUUGCUCCAGGAUGGCGAUUUCUUGGUGCGCGAAUCUCAGGGCAAGCGUGGACAAUACGUGCUGACAGGGCUGGAGGGGAAGACACCGAAGCAUCUGCUGCUCAUCGAUCCCGAGGGCGUGGUGCGCACCAAAGAUCGCAUAUUCGAUAGCAUCAGUCAUUUGAUCAACUAUCAUUGGGUGCAUGCGUUGCCCAUCAUAUCGGAGGAUUCGGAGCUGGUCUUGCGUAAUCCAGUGCGACGAUCACCGCCCCAGCAACACGAUCAGGCAGCAGUUGCUGAUAACGCAGCUUAAAAAAGCAUUACAAUUUUCUUCAUAUUUACCAUAAAAUACAUAUUCAUCAUAUCUAUAUACACACACAUAAUUAUAUAGUAUACAAAUACAUAUAUACAUACACAUAUAUAUAUAUAUAUAUAUAUAUUAUUUAUUCACAGUUGGCAAUUGCUUGCUGUUUAUAUACACAAAUAUAUUGUAAAUAAAUAAAAAAUAAUACAAUGGGCGACAACACAAUGUUCAUUUCAGGUUCGGUUUCUUGGUUUAUCACUGGGUUACAGUCCAGAGUUUAAAACAAUCUCUAACUUAACGAUAAAAAAUCCAACAUUGGAUCGAAAAGUAAUUACUGGAUUUUAAGAAAACGACCUUGGUGUUAACUGUUUGGUUUUGUUUUUGGCUUUGUUGGCUUUACUUUAGAAGGAGGAGCAGGGUGGGAACUAUUUGAGAAUUAUGUGGAUUAUUAUAAUAUACGAGAAUGAGCUGAUAAGAAAUUGACGUAGGUAAGAAACACUUUAUGAAUUAAAUCAUAUUUUUGUCGGAUAUCAUUUUUCUAACCGUUUUUGAGUCCAAAAACUUUGAAAUUUUAAUGGGUUAUUAAAAUUAAAUUAGAUAAUAUUUUUUAGGGGCUCAAUCAAAAUUUAAUAAAUGCUUGAUCGGAAAUUUAUAAUUUAUAAUCUUAUUAUUCGGAGGGAUCUCUGGACUUGGCAUAUUGCUCUCAAAAGUAAUGUAUUUCCAUGUCAGAAAGAAAAAAAAUUGCGUAUUCUUACUGAGGCCAAUUUCUUAUCAGCUCAUUAUCGUAAGCAUGCUUUUGG